AUGGAGAGUGGGCAGCUGGCGGGCAGAGCCCCUGCUCCGGGCUGCGGUGAGUCCCUUGACAUGGAGGACAGCCCCUUGCACCCCCAAUCAGCCACCAGGACAUCAGGAAAGAUGGACAAGCCGCUCAUCAGCCACCAGCUGGUGGACAGUGAUGGCAGCCUUGCUGAGGCCCCCAGUGAGGUUCCCAAAGUGGGCAUCCUGGGCAGCGGGGACUUCGCCCGCUCCCUGGCCACCCGCCUGCUGGGCUCCGGCUUCAGUGUGGUGGUGGGGAGCCGCAGCCCCAAACGCAUGGCUGGGCUGUUUCCCUCGGCAGCGCGAGUGACUUUCCAGGAGGAGGCGGUGGGCUCCCCGGAGGUCAUCUUCAUAGCUAUGUUCCGGGAACACUACUCCACACUGUGUGGCCUCAGUGACCAGCUGGCUGGCAAGAUCCUGGUGGACGUGAGCAAUCCCACGGAGCGGGAGCACCUUCAGCACCGUGAGUCCAAUGCUGAGUACCUGGCCUCCCUUUUCCCCACCUGCGCAGUGGUCAAGGCCUUCAAUGUCAUCUCUGCCUGGACCCUGCAGUCUGGUCCGAGGGAUGGAAAUCGGCAGGUGCCCAUCUGCAGUGACCAGCCGGAAGCCAAGCACACUGUUUUGGAGAUGGCACGGGCCAUGGGCUUCACCCCUGUGGACAUGGGGUCCCUGGCCUCAGCCUGGGAGGUGGAGGCCAUGCCCAUGCGCCUCUUCCCAGGCUGGAAGGUGCCCGCUCUCCUGGCCCUGGGGCUCUUCAUCUUCUUCUACGCCUACAACUUUGUCCGGGACGUGCUGGAGCCCUACGUGCAGGAGGGCAAGAACAAGUUCUACAAGCUCCCCGUGUUCGUGGUCAACACGACCCUGCCCUGCGUGGCCUAUGUGCUGCUGUCGCUGGUGUAUCUGCCCGGCGUGCUGGCAGCUGCCCUGCAGUUGCGCCGCGGCACCAAAUACCAGCGCUUCCCCGACUGGCUGGACCACUGGCUGCAGCACCGCAAGCAGAUCGGCCUGCUCAGCUUCUUCUGCGCAGCCCUGCACGCGCUCUACAGUCUCUGCCUGCCGCUGCGCCGCUCCCACCGCUACGACCUGGUCAACCUGGCCGUCAAGCAGGUCUUGACCAAUAAGAGUCACCUCUGGAAUGAGGAGGAAGUGUGGCGGAUGGAGAUCUACCUGUCCCUGGGAGUGCUGGCCCUUGGCAUGCUGUCCCUGCUGGCUGUCACCUCACUGCCAUCCAUCGCGAACUCACUCAACUGGAGGGAGUUCAGCUUUGUCCAGUCCACCCUGGGCUUCGUGGCUCUGGUCCUGAGCACGCUGCACACGCUCACCUACGGCUGGACGCGCGCCUUUGAGGAGAGCCGCUACAAGUUCUUCCUGCCGCCGACCUUCACCCUCACCCUCCUGGUGCCCUGCGUUGUCAUCCUGGCCAAAGGCCUGUUUCUCCUGCCAUGCGUCAGCCGCAGACUCACCAAGAUCCGGAGGGGCUGGGAGAAGGAUGGUUCCGUCAGGCUCACACUGCCAGUGGACCGCGCCCUGGCCCAGAAGACAAGCCACGUGUGA